CCUCAUAAACACGCUGAAGACCCCAGGCUUGCCCGUUCACCUCCUUCUGUGCAGACGUGUUCAUGCACGAAGUUCCUUCCGUACUUCGCCCCAUUGCUGUACCUUGACCCGGGAUGAAGUGUAUUCUUUGUAUCGCUAUCAUAUAGCUCCAAGGCUGAGAUAUCGUGUCGAGACAUCAUGCCGACGGCCUUGAGACGCGUGCACGGUCGUGUGACUCGCGACGACAUUCGAUCAGCCGGUCUGAGAAGAUGGGAUGGCCGGGCGAGAGUAACGACGGACUGGGUCAGUCUCUUUCAUGAGCCCGAGCUUUGUUGGCCGACUGGUGACUGUCUUGUCUAUCUGCGUGAACCAGGCCAGUCCAGCCGUGGGCCUGCAUUUCGUGUCCAUACCGCUUUUCUUCGGGUCAAGGGAUUCGACUCGCUGAUUGACCGAUGCAUGAUGAGAAACUCCUUUCACACAGCAAGACAAUGCGUUAUGCCGAACUGUCCAGGAUGUGAUCCUUACCAAACUUUGCUGGAGCUUUACAUUCCGGUUCCUCCAGGCCUGGGUCUACAGGAGAUUUUUGACUAUCAUAUCACAACGAGGAACUUCUUCGCCUGGCUGUACAAUCGACCGCUGAGUGGGAGGACACUGGGAAAGGCACUGGCAGAGCUCAAGAAGAGGAUAGAUGUAUAUCGUCCAGACAACAGUACACAAAACAUGCUGGAAGUUGUGUCUUAUGCAGAAAACCAGAGGUAUCUUGACUUCAGGGAGUGCGGAGACCACGCCCUUGCAGCUCUCUACUUGGCGGAAGAGCUUCAAGUCGAAGAUCUCUGGGUCGACGCCUUCUCCCACUGUGUUGGUAUGAACCAGCUUGAUUUGCGGGCCAGUAUUGAGUAUGCGACCGUCAGCCCAAAAUCCAGAGCGCUGGUGAACAAGUCGAGACUUGAGAUGGAUAUUCGUGUCCAGCGACUUCAAAACUCAGUGAUCAACUUCUUCCAGGACGAGGUAUCCGCAAGCUUCCUUGGACUGCCUCAACCAGCACGAGAUCACCUAGAGGCAUUCCGUUUGUUCCUAAAGGAGACGUACAUCAAAGUAUUUGGCUCUUGGCCACCGCAAGAUUUCCAUGAUGAACAUAUCAAGAAUGACAUCUGCACCAUAUUGUUUACCGAUUUCCAGAACCUCUACCAAUAUCUAGUUGACCCAGAAUCCACCACCAAUAUGGAAGAGACGGACAUUAGCAAAACUGGUGGCGUCUGCACAAUCCAGAACAUUCAGGCUUUCGACGCCAAAUAUGAUUAUGAACCACUUGCUCAGCCUCUACCUUUGAUGCCAAAAUAUCCAGAUUCAGACUCGGACAAACGAGCCAAAAGCCAGAGAAGGAAGUCCUGGAACCCGGUACAGAAACGAAAAGCUGACAAGGAAGCCCGGAAACUCUGCGACAGGCACGCGCUGGUUGCUGCCACUAACAGCGAUCUGCUAGUGAUGGACUGUCAUCUGGUCCGAAAGUAUGCCGAGUUCGAACAACAGACUAUUGAUGAUGACCUUGAAGGUCUUUCGACCGUGGAAGGUCGAAAGGUCCGCUGGAUGUUGGUCUACGCCGUGCUCCAGACAUUCCAUUCAAUCUCGCCGCCUCCAAAGCAAGUCCGAAAUGCGUCCGAUCUCACCUAUUCCCUUUGCUGUCGUCCUCCAAAGCAGAUGCCAUGGCAGGAUAAACCAAUCCCCACUAUUCGAAUGGUCGAUGAGAGACGAUUAUCGCUGUUGGUUCCUGAUCAGAGCUACUCGCAUACCAAUACUACUCCACCAUCUGGUGAGCCGAUUUCGAGAGGAAGAUCACUCAAAGCCCGUCGAUCCACACUCCCCGCCGCUUUGCCUAGCUCGCCAACUGACUCGCUUGCGACGAAGACGUCACCUCUUUCUCGUUCCUCCUCACUGAGAAGACUGAUGCCUCGACGACAUCAGUCCGCGAUGGAGCAAAUGCCACCAAAGCGACCUACGUUCUGUGAGAUUUACGUUGCAGGUUAUGGAAAUGGGCUGAACGAGGUCGAACAAGACUACGUUGUCUCUCCGGUGGAAUUGACUGCAGAACCGAAACAAGCUGACAGCCCUGUCGAACGACGGUAUUCUGCCCCACAGGGGCAUUUGGACGAUGUGCAUGAACUAGAUGCCGAUGAGGGCCAACAUUUCCGUGCCUUGCCGCUCUCACAGAGUUCACCAGCCUUGCCACUCUCUGAAGGUCCACAAGUCCCGCCGCGGUCUGGGAGUAUACAAGCCCUCCCACUGUCUCAGAGUACACAGUCCCUGCCCCAGGCGCAGGCAAUGUCUCGAGAAUCCUCGAAUGCCUCUAGGAGCAGCCACUGGUCCCAGGAAAGUUCCAGUGACGAUCUGAGUCCAACCACACCGGCCACCGACGCGAUCUGCACGCUUCGGGAGAUUUUGCAAGCAACUGGUCUUUCUAGGUAUCCAGAUAAGACGUGUAUCCCGGAUCCCAAAACGUUCACUGUGCCAUCGAGCUCGACGAACCAUGUCACUAUCGUGGAUCAUGAGGUGGACCUCGACGACCCCAUGUCGAUGCCGUCGGUGCACUUCAACACUCUUACCUGGGACAGAAUCUUGGCUGAACCAUCGAUCGCUGUGCAUGCAUGAGAGAUUCUAUAAUGAUAACGACUGAAUGCUUUAACAACUGAGGAUAGAAUUACGACUUAUCGUCGGGAAAGUGGCCACUUACUUUAGUGGAGAGCUGCGGCUGAGAGCAUGGUGGCAAUUUGCUGA